AGCAUUUGGCUGUUCCAGCGUCCUUCAGCAAGUCUGCUUUUCCAGGAGGGAUGCGUUUGGUUUCACUCGCUACAUGAGUCUGGACUCGCUGAACCUGGAUACGGCGUGCUACCUGGUUCAUGGCACCAACUUCGUGGUUUCCAAGAGGUACUCCGUCCUAGAGCAAGUGGGUCAAGGCGCCUACGGCAUCGUUUGUGCGGCGCAGGAUGAAGAGACCCAGGAGAGUGUCGCCAUGAAGAAGAUCGAGAAUGCUUUUGAGCACAUCACCUUUACGAAGCGGACGCUCCGGGAGCUGCGCAUCCUACGGCAUUUGCGACAUGAGAACCUCAUCGAUGUGAGGAAUAUUUUCUUGUCGGGGUCCAGGCAUGACUUUGAGGACAUCUAUGUGAUCUCUGAGCUGAUGGAGACAGACUUAGCCUCGAUCCUGAAGUCCCAGCAAAGCCUCACGGAUGACCACUGCCAAUUCUUUCUCUAUCAGAUCCUCCGCGGCAUGAAGUACGUCCAUUCGGCGCAGGUGAUUCAUCGGGACCUCAAGCCCCGGAAUCUUCUGGUCAAUGGCAACUGCGACCUGAAGAUCUGCGACUUUGGCUUGGCUCGCGUGAGCUUCUCGAAGGAGUUCCAGACCUGCCCCAUGACGGAGUACGUGUGCACGCGGUGGUAUCGUGCUCCCGAGGUCUUGUGCUCCUGGGUGGACUACACCACGGCCAUCGACAUUUGGUCCAUCGGGUGCAUCUUUGCAGAGAUGCUGGAGCGAAAGCCGCUCUUUCCGGGACACAACACGCAGCACCAGUUGCAGUCGAUCAUCAACUUUGUGGGCAAGCCUUCACCGGAGGAGCUCAACAAGAUCAAGAAUGAGAAGUGCAGGCGAUUCAUUGAAUCUCUGCCUCCUGCACCCGGCUUGAACUUGGAGGAUGCCUUCCCUGAGGUCGCACCCAGUGCGUUGGAGUUCUUGAGCGCCACCUUGCGCUUCGACCCGGAGCAGAGAGUCUCCGUCCCAGAGGCGCUCACACUCUCCUAUGUCUCACAACUCUAUUGUCCAGAGGAUGAGCCGGUGCGGGGGCCUCUGGACACCUCCGACUUCGAGUUCGAGCGACGGAAGAUCAACAUCCGCGCGCUCCGGGAGGAGCUCUGGCUCGAAGUGCUGCAAUACUAUCCUGAGAAGCAAGCGAUCUACUUGCAGCAACAGUCGCAGUCCUCUGAAAGGUACAAUGUCUCCUCCUAUCGUUUGCUACGCCCUGGCGAGCCGCAGUACUCCUCGGACGAGGAGGACGGAAAAGAUCCGUGACGAGGUGCGGCACCUGAGCGCCUGGGAGGGGAUGGAGGACGACUGGAAGAAGGACUGGAGAAGGACGACACUCGGAGUGCAAGCAAAACGCUUCACACCACUUACUUGCGGGUGAUUCUUCAUUGCUUUUUUCACCUCUCAGAUGUGGGGUCCUCUCAUGAGCUGCAUCGGAGAUCACGUAUCCACUGUUUUUGUGCUUCAAAGUCGGAAGUCUCUUGACGAGUGCAUGAACUCGUAUACUGUCCUUGUACUCUGUGUAACAGUGGAUCCACACCAGGAGAGCUGCAGAAAUCCUACCACAAUUUCCACCAUGACUGGGUGAUGGUGUUCUACCCUUCCAAUGACUGGGUGCUUGCGACCCCAUAAAGGACUAUGCACAGAAUUGGCCUUCGUCCCUUCCUUUCGGCCCAACCGGGUGCACCCCGUUUGAGCGGACCCGUGGAGAGCCGUCUGUAACCUCGUCGCGAGCUGUGGCGCCCGGGGUCGUCAUGGCGGAAGCGGAGAAGCCGUCGGUGGAGAGCAGCUGCUGGCGGAAGGUACUGGUCACGAGCUUGCGGCUGGUGGGGGUCCUGUUUGCACUCUAUGCCUUUCUUUUUGGCUUGGACUUGAUGGGAGUCGCCUUCAAGGCACUUGGUGGGAAGGGUGCAGGGAUGCUCUUCAGCAUUACGGAUAAUCCCAUCGCAGG